CCUCCUUUCUUUCAACAACACCAUCUCAACUCUGUGCAUGUCCUACCAUUCAUUUCAAAUAUAACGGACACAACAUACGCACAAACACGGACCUUUGUCGAGCUACACACACGCGCGCUGCUGUCAAAAUCCCCUUCUUUCACAAUACAAAAUAAAUAAGAAAAACAUAGUAAUGAGAGCCUCUAUUGAACAGCAAACACAGACAUCAAUGUAUAGCAGAAAGGAUCGGGCUCGACAGAAGCUCAACGUCCCGAUCUCUCGUAUGCCUAUAACAACGCAGAGUGCCAACACAAACACAGGCACAGGCACAGGCACAGGCACAAGCGCCAGCGCAAUGAUACCUAUCCAAUCAUCUACUAAUUCGACAGUGCCCAGUGGACCGUUCUCCCCCAUUACAACCGCAUCAAUCACAGGUGCUGUUGUUCCUGGCUCUAGUCCUGCCAGUGCUGGUACUGAUGAUGGUGCUGCAUUUACAUAUGCAAGGAGAUGGGACCAGACAAAAACAAUGUUCAGAGAAGAUACAAAUAAAACUCUAAACCUUGCUCAGUCUAUGACGCCAACAAAGGCAGAAGGUGCAAGAGAGUCAAACUCGCUUGCAUAUUUCCGUUCCUCGACAACCUAGACUGCCCAAACUUAACCUUCAAGUCCCUGAGAUCAGCGUCCGAUUCGAACCAGACAGUAUUAGUCCUAUCAAGAACAGCGAUAACCACCAUUGCUUCUUCAACAACAACAUCACUACCAACACUCCACUCUACACCGACACUGACAAAUUAGUCUACAACAGCCGCAGAGUUAGUUGGAGUCCCUCCCAAGCUAUCCCAGAAGGCUAUUACUCGAAA